CACACCGACUCUUUGUCCAGAGCUGUGACGAGACCAGGACCUGAUACAGACCGGUCGGGGACAACACCAAGUUGUGGACGCGUAGUUUUGUUUUGUUUGCCCACAUCAUGGCUGAUCAUCUUCUGCACUAUAAUGACUCGGCUGGGGUUGGGAACCGUUUUGCGCGUAAAGGUGCCCUGCGACAGAAAAACGUGCAUGAAGUGAAAAACCACAAAUUUACUGCGAGGUUUUUCAAGCAGCCGACGUUCUGCAGCCACUGUACAGACUUCAUAUGGGGAUUUGGGAAACAAGGAUUUCAAUGCCAAGUGUGCUGUUUUGUGGUCCACAAACGCUGCCAUGAGUUCGUCACCUUCUCCUGUCCUGGAGCCGACAAGGGGCCCGACACGGACGACCCCAGAAGCAAGCACAAGUUCAAGAUCCACACAUACGGCAGUCCCACCUUCUGUGACCACUGUGGCUCGCUGCUGUACGGCCUCAUCCACCAGGGGAUGAAAUGUGACACCUGCGACAUGAACGUACACAACCAGUGUGUGGUGAACGUUCCCAGCUUGUGUGGGACGGAUCACACGGAGCGCCGGGGACGCCUCUUCCUCAAGAUCGAGGUCAACAUGGACAGACUACACGUCACAGUGGGUGAAGCCAGGAACCUGAUUCCGAUGGAUCCAAACGGUUUAUCAGACCCGUACGUUAAACUCAAGCUCAUUCCUGACCCAAAGAACGAGACCAAACAGAAGACCAGGACCAUCCGCUCCUCUCUCAACCCCUGCUGGAACGAGUCCUUCACCUUUAAGCUGAAAGCCUCAGAUAAGGACCGCCGCCUGUCCAUCGAGGUGUGGGACUGGGACCGGACCACCAGGAACGACUUCAUGGGCUCCAUGUCUUUUGGAGUCUCUGAGCUCAUCAAAGCUCCCAACUGUGGAUGGUACAAACUGCUGAACCAGGAGGAGGGCGAGUAUUACAACGUCCCCAUCCCCGAGAUGGACGACGUCAACCUGGAGCUCCGACAGAAGUUUGAGGCCUGCCAGUUAAAUAUCCACUAUCUCAAGAAAGCCAAGCUGGGUCACGGUAAGAAGGUGAUCACGCCGUCAGACCACCGGCGGUUCAGUCUGCCGUCCAGUAACAUGGACCGCAUCCGGCUCAACGACUUCAACUUCCUGGCUCUGCUGGGGAAGGGCAGCUUCGGCAAGGUGAUGCUGGCGGAGAUGAAGUCGACAGAGGAGCUUUACGCCAUCAAGAUCCUGAAGAAAGACGUGGUGAUCCAGGACGAUGAUGUUGAAUGUACGAUGGUGGAGAAGAGAGUCCUGGCCCAGAGAGACAAGCCCCCCUUCCUCACACAGCUCCACUCCUGCUUCCAGACUGUGGACCGGCUGUACUUUGUGAUGGAGUACAUCAACGGUGGAGACCUUAUGUAUCAUAUUCAACGUAUGGGCAAGUUCAAAGAGCCGCAGGCAGUGUUUUAUGCUGCAGAGAUCGCUGUCGGUUUGUUUUUCUUGCACCGAAAAGGAAUCAUCUACAGGGACCUGAAGCUGGACAACGUGAUGCUGGACUCUGAGGGCCACAUCAAGAUUGCUGACUUCGGCAUGUGUAAGGAGAACAUGUAUGAAGGGAUGAGCACACGCACCUUCUGUGGUACUCCGGACUACAUCGCCCCAGAGAUUAUAGCGUACCAGCCUUAUGCAAAAUCAGUGGACUGGUGGGCUUAUGGGGUCCUUCUCUAUGAGAUGCUGGCGGGACAGCCUCCGUUUGACGGCGAGGACGAGGACGAGCUCUUCCAGUCCAUCAUGGAGCACAACGUGUCCUACCCCAAGUCUCUGUCCAAGGAAGCUGUGUCCAUCUGCAAGGGACUGAUGACCAAACACCCGUCCAAGCGUCUGGGCUGUGGCUCUGAGGGCGAGAGGGACAUCAGGGAGCAGGCUUUCUUCAGACGCAUCGACUGGGAACGCCUCGCCAACAGAGAGAUCCAGCCGCCGUUCAAACCCAAAGUGUGCGGCAAAGGAGCAGAAAACUUUGACAAGUUUUUCACGCGUACGCAGCCGGUGCUGACCCCUCCAGACCAGCUGGUCAUCGCCAACAUCGACCAGAGUGAGUUCGCAGGCUUCUCCUACAUGAACCCUCAGUUCAUCCACCCGUCCCUGCACAGCGUGGUAUGAGCAGAGAGCAGAGGAAAUAAAAAACACAGAGCACGGACUGUCGCCGACCACAGGAUCCUUCAAACGAUCCCGUCGUCUAAAGACCCAAAUCAUCCUCUACAGUGUUCUGUCUACUAGUUAUUAUACCAAUAUCUGUGCACAGAAGUGACUGAGGAGAGGGAGCAAAGUGUUAAACAAAAAGUACAUGGCACUGAUAUUUUUUGCAUAAUCUCCCCAAACAUCUCAUAAUAUGUGUUCUAUAUUCUGUAUCUGUGUUUUUAAUCCUUUGAUGCACAACAUAUUUACACCCCUUCUAAUGCACAACAUGGGUCAGAAAUGACCCGCAUUCAUUUUUUCCCAUGUUAUUUAAUGUUUGCUGUGUGUUUCUGUGCUCUAUCUUUUGAUAUGAACUUAUUUUAUGAUUGAAUAUUCCAAGUAUUCUCUAAAUAUCUUGUUUUUGAUAACAACAGAUCAUUAUUUCCAUUUUGCCUCUCAUACUUUAUGAAGAAAAAACGUUUUUGUAUUUUUACAUAGCUAACU